AUGCUACCAGCAUUUAUGGCACCAUUCCAAAUGGACAUGAUUUCGGACCCCUUGCCCGGCAAGCACGUCCCACUUGAGAGCUAUGAGAGCGAACUGGAGCGAGAGCACGCGUUGCCGACGUCCGUCCCCAACGCUGACAUACUCAAGACUAACAGCAAUCCAACCUAUCACAAGCCCAGACCGCCCGCCCACCACGGCGCGGCUCUGCUCGCCGGCGUGGGCGCGGUGCCGUCCUACGCGCCGCCCGGCAGAGCCUUCUUCACCCCUCCACUGCCGCCCGAGUACCGGAACCCGUUCGCUGACAAGCCAACACUUAGAGGCACAAACACAGAUGGGAACAGCUACCUUAACCGGCGGCCCAUCCCCCCUCCUUCUCUCGGGCCUGGCCAUGAGCGCAUACCCAUCAGACCUCCAGGACAGGAAACGUCCUCCCCACAAGUACCGGCUCCGCCGCCCGCACCGCCUUUGCCUCCAGUCGCACUGGAACCGCAGAAGAAAAAGGCUCUUAACACACCGAGCCAUAAGCCGGACGAAUUAGACAGUGACAAGCAUGGGACGGACCAAGCGAAUUUCACAGACUUCGUGCCGAAUUCUCUCAACAUCCCCACGAUUUCAAGGAUCCUUUCCGGUUCCAAUGGCAGGAAAGAGGAUAUCCCAGAUGUCCUCCUCAGAACUGUUACUGCGAAACCUCAUCACACUCAGGAGAAAACCUCAAAAAGUGACAUAUACGUUACAAAAGACGCUGGUGUUACACUCAGUGAUUCUAAUAGGGACAGUUCAACUGAAGGCGUUUUAGCUGUACUAGAUCCAGAUAUGAAUAAUUUAGAUAGGCCACUUAUUGUAGAACAGAAUGGUGAAACGAAUACUAGAAGGAAUCUUCAAUACGCUACAAACAAACAACCAGAUAGGAAUGAUAGUAGAAAAGAUUCUUUUACUCCAGCGACAACAAUAGGUUUCGAACUUAGCGACCCCGAAAUGUCAACAGAAAGAUAUCAUAAUUUAGCAAAUGUCAAUUCUGACAAAAAGAUUCUAAAACACGAUUUUAAGAACAGCGGUCCAGUUCAGAGGCUAGGAGUUACUUGGCCGGUCGCUUGGAACAUUCAUAUUUACGGGGCAGCCAUUGUUUUCACAGUUUUGGCUGGAUACUCAAUUUAUUCGAUAUUAUAUUACAAUAAAUUCACACAUGUUUUCACCCAGUACUACUUUAUUAUUCUUCAUUUGAUCCUGGUGUUUGUGUGUAUAUUGAGAAUAUUUUAUAUGCUCUACGAUCCGUACAAUAUUAACAAUUCACUGCCAGUUUUUAUUAGCGAGAUCCUUCUUCACGUUCCCGAAAUUUUCUUAAGUCUAGCGUUCGCCUCUACCAUUCUGUUCCUUUUAACGAAUAGUAUUAACUUUAAGACAACGUGUUGCGUAUGGCUAUACCGCCCUAGAACGAUCAUAAUCGGCGGAGCGCUACAUCUCUUAUCCUGUAUAAUGUUGCAUAUCCUUGAAAAUAAUAAAACGAUUAUAAGGACGCCACAGGGCGUCGAAAAAAGGGUACUAGGUCUAACUUGUCAAAUUAUAUUUAUUAUAGUAUGCCUAACUCUCGGGCUGUGCUAUCUGUACGUGUAUAAAAUGCUCAAACAAGUGUUACAAAAGAAUAAUACAUACAUCAAUAGUUUUCAAUAUCUACACCAAGCGAUACAUAUAAACUUAGCCACGGCAUUGCUAUUUAUUGUAAUGGCGACGCUACAGAUUUACGGAAUAAUUGGUAUCAAUCAAGUAAAUAUGACUAAAUUUGAUUGGUUACAAUGGGGAUAUCAAUUUUCAUUGCGACUGCUCGAGAUAAUCAUAGUGGCUCUUAUUUCCUGGGUAAUAAGCAUUAAAAUUGGUGUAGCAGCGUCUUCACAUGAAAAGGCUGACGGGCAGAAAAUAACAGGUCUUGGUCUAAUCCCAUGUACUGCAGGUUCGAGUAACGAACAAUUCGAAUCAGAUUACCCAGCUAUUUGCAAUACAAACACUAACUUACACACGUACACAUUGAGAACCGGUAAACCCAUUUACGAAACUGCCGGCCAUCAUACAAACAUACCGGAGCAGUGCUGUGGUGGUCCGGUAGACCAUCCAAGGUUCCAAUUGAAUACAUUAGCUGUCAAUUGCGACAAUAAUUCUGGUACAGAAAAUUACUCUGGACACAGUUCAAUAGCGAAUGCUGGUCAUAGUAGUUCUACAGAAUCUAGUAAUGCCACAUCUAGCCAAGGUGUGGCCAAUCAUUUGAUCAAACAUCAUCCCAACAUGGCUGGUUAUAGUGGUAUAGAAUCUGCUUCUGAUGACCAUUAUUCAAACUGUGAUCCUGCGAUGCAAUCAUUGCAAGGCGAUGAUCCAUUAGACCACGAAUAUAAUGUAAUUCAAUAUGGCAGUAAUAGUGACUUUAUACGUGAUAUAAAAAACCAGAACUACAACGGUGGCUCAAAUCGUAGUUCCCACAAUUUCAAACUCAUGUCAUACGACAGGGUAUCGUCUCGAACUAAUAGCAAUCCGAGGAAAAAGCAAAGAGCAAAGAAUAAAAACGUACAAAAUUGUAUGACAAUGGGUUACGAACCAUCGAUGAGCCACCACUACCAUCAACCUCAUAUGCCAGAUGAAUACGGUAAUUAUAACGCCGAAAACGCAUCCUACCACGCAUCUGGCAUCCAAACUCUCAAUCCUAACAGAAGUUACGAAGGACCUUGUCAGCAAAUAAGAAAUUCGCAAAGGCGUAAUUCGCCCUCAACGUCAAUGGUUAACUCGAGUGGUAGCCAGAAACGUGGUAAAGGCAAUGGUUUCCCGGAUAGGCCGAAAUCGACCGACUUGUAUGGUUUCUCCGAAGAUCCGAAUGAAAGAAGCUAUCAUUGCGCUUUGGGUACCCCUCAACCAGCGUCGAGGAAUUGUGGUUACGAAGCGUCGUAUUCUCAACCCCAGGAUGAAAUUAAUCCUAAUGAAACAGGCGCCAGUAUGCUGGUAGCUCAGGAUGGUUUCGUAAGAUUUAGACCUUUAGAAGAUGGCCCUUCGCAAACCUGA